AUGGCUACACUGGAGAAGAAUCAAACCCAAACACAACUGAGACGAACUUCACUGGCACCGUCUCGAGUACGACCAAACCCAGGAGUGACUGUGCACUGCACCUCCCCAUCCACCUCCCUAUCCACCUCCCCCACCCCCAAGUCCUCCUCUGCUCACUCUCUGGGCCUCCUCUCAGUCAAAUGGACGAGUGACUGUGACGGAGAAGCGAUACUGUUGCUCCACCCUCCCCCCUCCUCAUCCUCCUUAUCCUACUCAUCCUCCCUCCUCUGUCAAAGCAGUCUGACCCUCGUUAAGACUCUGCUGAGCUCCCAAUGUGAGAGUCGGAGAAGGUGUGAGGGGCCGCCAGUCUGGGUGGCGAGAAAGAAGCAGGGGGGUUAUGACAUCGCAGGGCAAGCACCGAAUACGAGCUGUAAAAUUCUGACGCUACAAUGUACAGCUCAGACAGAUGUACAGGGUCAGCUGAAGGCCUACAAAGUGGUGACGGCUCUGCUCUGCUGCGUGCUGCUCAUCCUCUUCCUGAUCCGCUUCACCAAACCGACUGUCAGAGCUCUGCAGAGCCGACUUUCAGACAAGAGACAGAACCGCUGGAUAGGACCUACACAGAGUCACAGCGUGUCGUACCAGCGAGGAAAGGGUGUCGUUCAAAGCACAGACGUUGAGAUGAGAAUGUCCUACCCUGCUCUGGAGAGGCUGACAGUCAAUGACAGCAGAGAACCGUCAUCCAACAGGAACAGUGGCUACACCUUCUGACCAUCUUCAGCAUCAUCAUCAUCCUCUGUUUGUGUGCUUUCAUACGUGAUUAUUUCUGAGUUGAAUUUUUGUGCACACUGCCGAUUAGUCUCAUACUAAGAUCUAUUGUAGAUUUGGGGUUUUUAAAGUAGGGGUCCUGACCCUCUAAGGAGUCACUAUGGGGUCACCAGGAGGUUAGUGUUAGGUUAGAGUUAGUGCGCACAAACAAGUAAAUUUGAUUUCCCCCUUUCUGUCUCCACUAAACAUAUCUAGGCUACUUAAACUACUAAUAUUAAUAUGUCAAACAGAUUUAUAUUCCUGUGUUACAUUUUUGAACGUUAAAGUAACAAAAGAGAGUGGAAAAUAGUGUAUCUUAACAUAAAUCCCAACCCUGACAAUUCACAUAGCCAAUCAUAGUUUAGGAUUUUGGUGUUGCCACUUGGGUGGCAAAUCAGAUACAACAGGGGUCAUGGUCAUCCCCUGAAUGUGCCACAAGGGGGGUCCCCACCAUAGGCUGAUGCUAUAUUGGCGUCCUUGGCAUGGCACAGU